AUGUACCCCAACAAGUCCCUCAUCCUCACCAACAUCCCCACGGGCCUCCCCACCCCACACAAAGACCUCACCCCCCUUCCCCGCCCCCUCGACAUCACCACCCCACCCCCAAACCCACACUCCCUCCUCACCAAGCUCCUCUACGCCAGUCUGGACCCCUACAUGCGCGGCCGCAUGCGCCCCGCGCACAUCAAAUCCUACAGCCCACCGUACCCCCUCGACUCGCCCAUCACCGCCUACGCCGUCGCCCAAGUCGUGCACUCUACGCACGCAUCCUUCAAGACGGGCGAGAUCAUCUACGCGCGUCUGCCUAUCCAGGAAUACAGCAUUCUCCUCGACGGGGCAAACAGUCCCGUGCAGAAGAUCCCCACCCCGCUGCCCUCGGGGAUUGAGCUGUCUCAGUACGUGGGCAUCCUGGGAAUGACGGGGUUGACUGCAUACGCAGGACUGUUUGAGAUUGGGGAACCGAAGAAGGGCGAGACGGUGUUUGUGAGUAGUGCUGCCGGGGCGGUGGGGAGUGUUGUUGGCCAGCUGGCGAAGCGGAUUGGGUGUAGGGUGAUUGGGAGUGCGGGGGGAGAGAGGAAGAGGAAGUAUGUGGUGGAGGAGUUGGGUUUUGAUGAGUGUUUUGAUUAUAGGGUUGAGGGGGCGAAGGAGGCGUUGGGGAGGUUGGCUGGUGGAGAGGGUGGAAGUGGUGUGGAUGUGUAUUUUGAGAAUGUGGGUGGGGAGCAGUUGGAUGCUGUGUUGGAGGUUAUGAAUAAUGGCGGGAGAAUUGUGGCUUGUGGAAUGGUCUCGCAGUAUAAUCUCAAGCCGGAGGAGCGGUACGGCCUCAAGAACCUGUAUAAUGUUGUCACGAAGAGGCUGCGCAUGCGCGGGUUUAUUGUUGGGGAUAAGGAUAUAGGGCCCAAGUGGAUCAAGGAGAGGAAUGAGAAGGUUACUGCUUGGUUGCAAGAGGGCAGUAUCAAUGCCAAGGAGGAUAUCACGGUUGGCAUUGAGAAUGGUCCCGAGGCGUUUGUUGCCAUGCUGCGCGGGGAGAACUUGGGCAAGGCGGUUUUGAAGAUUGCAGACCCUGAUUUGUAG